AUGCCUGUAACAGUUCUACAAAAUUUUAUUGGCGGUGAAUUUGUAAACUCUAAUAACACGGAACAAUAUAUUGAUAGUUAUAAUCCCGCCACUGGAAAAGUUCACGCAAAAGUUCCAGACUCGAACGAAGUAGACGUCAAUAAGGCUGUGGAGGCCGCACAAGCUGCCUUUAAAACCUGGUCAAAGCUCCCAUCUAGUCAUCGUUCGAAUUUUCUUUAUCGUAUAGCGGAUGUUCUCGAAUCCCGUUUAAAAGAAUUUGCAGAGGCGGAAGUACGUGAUCAGGGUAAAACGAUCAAAUUUGCGACGAAUAUUGAUAUUAGUCGGUCGGUAUAUAAUUUUCGAUAUUUUGCUGGGCAUGUGUUGCAUAUGGAAGAGAAGGCUGGACAGCUUGAUGGGGUCGCUUUGAAUUAUGUGCAGAGAUGUCCUAUUGGUGUUGCUGGAUUGAUUUCGCCGUGGAAUCUGCCGCUCUAUCUUUUGACUUGGAAAAUUGCUCCUUGCAUUGCAAGUGGGAACACUUGUGUUUGCAAACCAAGCGAAUUUACCAGUCUGACAGCUUAUAUGCUAUGCUCGGUAUUGAAAGAGGCCAAACUCCCGGAUGGCGUGGUGAAUAUGGUUUUUGGUUCAGGACCAAGCACUGGCGAAGCGCUUGUAACUCAUCCAAAUGUGCCAUUGAUCUCUUUCACUGGAGGUACCGUCACCGGCAAACAUAUUAUGGAAAGUAGCGCGAAGCAGCUGAAGAAACUUUCUUUAGAACUUGGAGGGAAAAAUGCCAAUAUAAUUUUCGAUGAUUGUAAUUUUGAACAAGCAGUUGAGACGAGCAUUCGAGCUGCGUUCUCGAAUCAAGGCGAGAUAUGUCUAUGUGGUUCUCGAAUUUUCGUACAAGAAACCAUAUAUCAAAAGUUUCUUGACACGUUUAUCCCCAAAGCACGUGAUCUUGUAGUCGGCGACCCAAAUGACCCGAAAACUUUUGUAGGUGCAUUGAAUAAUAAACAGCACAUGGAGAAAGUUCUAAUGUAUAUAGAUUUAGCGCGUCAAGAAGGAGGUGUGAUCGAAUGUGGAGGUUCGCGUAAAAUAUUACAAGGGGAAUUAAGCGAAGGUUAUUUCGUUGAACCGACAGUGAUCACGGGAGUGUCACUUACUAGCCGCGUUGCUCGAGAAGAAAUAUUUGGCCCUGUUGUCACAGUGCAUCCAUUCACUGACGAACAACAAGCAAUCGAUUAUGCAAACGACAGUCUAUACGGCCUAAGUUGUUCUGUUUGGACAGAAAAUGGUCGUCGCGCGCGUCGUGUUGCCGAAUCAAUAGAUGCCGGCACUGUUUGGGUAAACUGCUGGUUGGUACGAGAUUUGAGGAUGCCAUUUGGUGGGAUGAAAGGCAGCGGAUUGGGUCGUGAAGGAGCCGAUUACAGUAUGGAUUUCUUUACCGAAUCGAAAACUAUUUGUUUGGCAAAUAUGUGA